AUGGCCGGCUCUUUCCUGAAGCAGGGCGAUGCCAGCCGAGAGUCAGGUGACGUCUUCAGCGCCGACAGGCUGUACUCAGAUGCGCUGGGUGUAUUGCCGGCGGAGGACUCCGCCGUGGCACCGCUGCGCUGUGGAUUGUUGCUAAAACGUGCUGAGGUGCUCCACCAGAAGUGGCAACAUAAGGAUGCAUUGGACGACUGUGUGGCCGUCCUGAAUCUUGGCCUUGAGAGACCACGAGCUCUACACAUCGCUGCCGAGGCCUGCAGGGCCUUGUACCUGCGACAGGCGGAGGAUCCAGAGCUCGAAGGCAACGUUCGAAGCCAUUGGAUGGACAUGGCUGUGCACUACUUGGAGGAGGCCUCGGCAACAAGCGAGGACCCGGCGCUGCAACGCCGCCUCCGGGCUUGGCGACGGGAGGUGCCGCCCAGGCCGACCCCUGUACCGAUGCCGCCCUUCGACUGGAGCACGGUGCCAAAGAACGAGAAAGCCAACUACUUUGGCUGCGUAGAUCGAUGCUCGGCUGAGCGGAUGUUUGCAGCUGUUUUUUGCCCGAACCUCGAGGGGACGUGA